CUACGCUCCCCUUGGCUCUGUACAACAUAUAUCAUGUGCUAAGAGUGAACAGCCUUCAGGUUAUCAUGACACAUCUUUACUCUUCUUGCAUAAAUAUAUAUUUUUGUCAUUUUCACUUCUACUCUUAAAAAUUUAGAGAUGGUUGAAGCCUUAUGGAUAGUGCCCUUUCAAACCAAGGACAAAGACAACACCACCAACAAAACCACCAACAGCUCAAGCUUUGUCUUCCACUGGUAAAUCUCAAAAGCUCCAAUAACCCAAACCCAUUUUCUCUACUAAGCUUUUGGGUAUUAAAAUCACUUAGAAGUUUGUACAGUAGAGCUAGAGUAUCAAAUGGGUAUUGCUUCAGAAGGUUACACUUCACUGGUAUGGUAGUGAACAACACUGUAUAUUGUGCUUCACCUUGUUUGAUAGAGGCUAAAAUGGAAGGAUUAGUUGAGAAAAGGGAAGAAAUGGAAGAAAGACAAGAUGGGUUUAGUGAAAAUGGGCAUGAGAUUGAGGAUUUUGUGGGUGAGAUUGAAGAGGAGGCUGGAGAAUGUAGUUCAAGUUCUGAUUUUUUGGCAUCAGAGGCAACUGUGAAUGAAGAACAGAGUCAUAGUAGCUCUGAGGACUCAUCUUCUCCACCUUCAAUGGGUUGGCCUAUUCAGAAGACUGAAGUGCCACAUUGUGCCAGUUCUGAUGUUUCUGAAGAGGUAGAGAAGCCCCAACGGGAUGAUAGAAAGUUGGAGAAACAAGGGUCAUCAAUGCCAGAGACUGAGAUGAUGAAGGAAAGGUUUUCUAAAUUGCUGCUUGGAGAAGAUAUGUCUGGAUGUGGAAAUGGGGUUUGUACAGCAUUGGCCAUCUCAAAUGCAAUUACUAAUCUGUGUGCUACACUGUUUGGGCAACUCUGGAGAUUGGAACCUCUAGCACCUGAAAAGAAAUUGAUGUGGCGGAGGGAGAUGGAGUGGCUUCUUUGUGUUAGUGAUCACAUUGUUGAGUUGAUACCCUCUUGGCAGACCUUUCCAGAUGGAAGCAAGCUUGAGGUUAUGACCUGUAGACCCCGAUCGGAUCUUUAUGUUAAUCUCCCAGCUCUGCGUAAACUAGAUAACAUGGUUCUGGAAAUAUUGGACAGUUUUGAAAACACAGAAUUCUGGUAUGUCGAUCAAGGUAUUCUAGCCCCAGAUGCUGAUGGAUCAUCAUCUUUCCGACGACCCCUUCCACACCAAGAGGAUAAAUGGUGGCUACCAGUUCCGCGAGUCCCUCCUGGUGGUCUAAGUGACAUUUCAAGAAAGCAGUUGCAGCACAAACGUGAUUGCACAAACCAAAUACUAAAAGCUUCUAUGGCUAUUAACAGUAUUACUUUAGCUGACAUGGAUGUCCCUGAAUCAUACUAUGAUUCUCUUCCCAAGAAUGGAAGAGCCUCCUUGGGUGAUCUUAUUCAUCGAUAUAUCACAUCAGAUCAGUUUUCAUCUGAAUGUCUUCUUGACUGCCUUGAUUUGUCUUCUGAACAUCAUGCUCUAGAGAUUGCAAACCGAGUAGAGUCCUCAAUGUAUGUGUGGCGCCGAAGAACCAACUCAAAACCACUAACAAACCGCUCCAAUUCAAAAUCAUCGUGGGAAAUGGUCAAGGAUUUGGUAAUUGAUGUAGAUCACAAGAGGGAAUUGCUUGCAGAAAGAGCUGAAAGCCUUUUGCUUUGCUUGAAGCAGCGAUUCCCAGGCCUGCCUCAGACAACCUUAGAUAUGAGCAAAAUCCAAUACAACAAGGAUGUUGGCAAAUCCAUUUUGGAGAGCUACUCAAGAGUCUUGGAGAGCUUGGCUUUUAAUAUUGUUGCACGGAUUGAUGAUCUACUUUACAUGGAUGACAUGACGAAGCAUUCAGAUCAAUUCUUGUCACUCUCUCAAGUUGGUGCAGUCGCUCAUAAAAGAGUUGCAAUUCCAUACUCAGUGCCUGUCUCGAGCACUCCAUAUAAAACAGCUUUUACCACCCCAAGCUUUUCACCUUCACUGCUAGUUAGCCCUGCAAAGGGAGGAAAUUCGCCAUCCCUCACUAGCAACAAGCUUCUCCAUCGUGGGUUUGGGGUGAAAAAGGUUUUGACAGAUUAUCUUAGUAUUGAUACAAAAGGGAAGGACUACACCAAUCAAGCUGAGAGAUCAGAAUUAUUUUCAAGCACCAAUCGAGUUGAAAGAUCAGAAUCAUUUUCAAGCACCACUCGAGAAGCAUCAGCAUCUAAAGCUGGAGUAGAAUCUAUUGAGAAUUCAAAAGAAGGCAGCUUUCUGAAACAAAAUUUAGCUGUGGAAGAAUGAACCUUGAGGCUUUGAGCCACUUUAUUGAGAAUUGGCCUCUUCAGCCAUCUCCUUCAUGUACGUUAUCCAUACAUGUAAAAAGUUUACCUGCAAAUUUUAUCAAUUUACUCCA